GGUUUGGGGAUCUGCGCAAAAUCAAGAGUCGAUUAAUAAUUUACAAAAACUUCAGAACAAGGCCGCCAGAUUGAUCAUAGGAUAUAAGGUUGAUGAAAUAUCUAGGGAAAAUCUCCAUGAUGAAAUAGGUUGGUUAACAGUGAGACAAAGGAUUCAU